CCUUACUAGCUGGUGGCGGUAGUGUUUCCCAAAGCUGCUUACCAACCGCCAAUAAACAAAAAGACGAAGAAGAAGUCAGGAAGUGACGUCAAACCACUCCGCUGUGUGUGGAUACAAACAGGAGAUUCUCCAACAUGUUCGCCCCGCUACACGGGCGUUAUGCCCGGAGGACCUGACUGUGUUGCAGUGAACCUUCCUGUCUGAGGUUCGGGGAAGAUGCCUCUGGCUCCUGCAAACCAGGCCCAGCUGAUCCGGUCCAGUCAGAAGGAUGAAUUCUACCGGAGCCUCCUGAGGAACAGCGCUAACGAAGCCUGCCAGAGUGUCGCAGGAACCAAACACUGGCUGGACUGGAGGAGGGAGGUAGAGCUGCUGUCAGACUUGGCGUACUAUGGUUUAACCACGCUCUCAGGUUAUCAGACUCUGGGAGAGGAGUAUGUGGGGAUCGUCCAGGUGGAUCCCUCCCGGCGGCAGAUCCCGUCCCGGGCCAGGCGCUGCCUCUUCGUCCUCUGUCACGCCUUUGUGCCGUACCUCCUGGAGAAGGCCCUGGUGUGUCUGGAGAACGAGCUGGAAGGCGGGCCGGAAACGCGGAGGCGCCAGGCGGCGUCGGGGGCCUGGAGCCUGGAGCGCUGGCUCAGGGGGGCGGUGCAGAGGGCGGUGGGGCUGCUGACGGAGCGGCAGAGGAAGGCCUGCCAGCCGGCCGUGUUUGUGAUCCAGCAGAGCGUGGCCCUGCUGCACCGACUCCAUGUUGCUCUGUUCUACGUCAGCAGCUCCUUCUACCACGUGUCCAAGAGAGCAGCUGGAAUCAGCUACCUGUGUGUGACAGGGCCGAACGCUGAUGACUCGUCCAUCAGGAGAAGCUACCGGUUGCUGGGUUGCGUAUCUUUUCUCCAGCUGCUCGUCACGCUGAGUCUGCAGGUCAACAACCUGAGGCAGAGGCAGAGAGCCAGGCAGGAGUGGCAGCUGUACAGGAGCCUCAGUCCUCGGCACCCAGUGAGCUCCGCCUCCACGCCCCGACCUGCGCGCUGCAUCCUCUGCCUGGAGGCCCGCAGGAACUCCACCUGCACCCCCUGUGGACACCUGUUCUGCUGGGAGUGCAUCGCCGAGUGGUGCAACACCAAGGCGGAGUGUCCUUUGUGUCGGGAGAAGUUCCUGCCUCAUAGACUGGUGUUUCUAAGGAACUACAGCUAGACGUGCAGCUGGAACACACACGGCUGAACUGAAGCUCAUCCUAAGUUGUGUAUUCAGUCGUCAUGGAGACCAGAACCUUCCAGCCUGCUGAGACUUAUCCGUCUGUCCUAAAGAGAACGGGGUAUGUUUGGAUUGUAUCAAUCAGAUGAUGUAAAUGUCAAUUUCUGUGAAUUCCAGCGGUGAUUUAAGUGUUUAACUUCAUCAGAUCAUUUCUUCUGGUAUGUUUUGUUUGAAUAUUAUUUUAUGCACUCAAUUUAUGCUAUAAGCAUGUGCUUAUAGUCAGCAAUACUGUUUAGAAAAAAUACUGCAUGGAUGAUGAGACAAUUGUUUUUAGCUUGUUCUAGUUCUAAAGUGGACCUUUUUUGGAUCUGCUGGAAGUUCAGGAACUGAGAAAAAUUAUUCAUGAAAGAUUCUGAUAAAAACACGUAAUUUUUCUUUGACUAGCUAAUUAAAAGAUUAAGUUGUCACGAUCUAAAGGAAUCGUAAGGAUUUAGUUUGACGGAUUGUUCUUGUGGAAUAUUUUCGGCGUCAUGGUAACGCUUCUGCUCCAUGACGGAUAAACUCAGAUCUUCUUGUGUUUUUGUUGUGAAAAACAUCUAACAUUUCAAAUUCCUUUUUAACCUUCAUGGAAAACUCCAUUCUGCAGCUAAUAAUUAUCAUUAUUAAAUAAGAGAGAAAUUUAUUUUCUAAAAGUGAAAUGUUUAGUUUCAAAUAAGAUUUUUUUUUAUGGUUGAAAAUCUUUUAAUUUGCAAGAGCAAUGUACAUUUUAAAUAAAUGAAACCUUUGUACUGUGACUCUGGUUUAAAUAACAUUUCCACCAUUUUCAUGAAAUCCGUUUUGAUUUGUAUUCUCUAAUAGCAAAGAUGCUGACAUUGGCCACAAGUACGCCAAAUAUGAUUCUACCUGAUUUGAAUUUAAUACCUACAGUCAAGUCCACAAUUAUUCAUACCACUGGGAGGCUUGGCAUUAAAGUAAUCUUUCUAUUUUACCAAAAUGCUCAGCAGUUACAACUAGGGCCCGAUUGCCGUUUUCACAAAUUUUUGAUAUUUUCUUAACAUUUAAAUGAUAAAGCUUUGAUUGACAUUUCAUUGAAAAUUAACUGUCAAUCAAAGCUUUUUUUUUUUUUUUUUUUUCCUCGAGCUGAUCUUUAAUUUACAUUACAUUAUGUUUUGAGCAAUCCAAACAGAAACCAACUUCUCGGUCAAAUCUGAGAUUACUUAAUAUCUGGAUCAUCGAGUGUCUUUCAAUGUGUUGGAUAUGAAGGCGAAUAAUAAAUAAAUAAAAAAAACUCUUUUGAGCCAAUAAAAUGGCAGGUGGUGUUAAAUUGGCUCGACUUGCCCAUGAAAGUCAGUGUUUGGUUCUGCAGUCCGAUCCAUACGACUGCAGUCUGGUGAUGUAAACACACACCAGAGUCCCCAGUAACUUCUGAUCCCGAUCAGAAAGCAUGGGAAUGAAAACAGGAGGCCAGAUUAAGUGCAGAGUAAUUCAUUGUCAAAUAGCAGAAAACAAUACACCAGUCACACAAUACAUACCAAGUAGUUUAAAUAUUGUACACUCAGCUUCCCAAAUCCCAUCCGCCCCGCUCAGACGCAACAUAUGUUACAUGCACACAUGAGCAACUUCUGCCAAAAAUAAAAUAAAAAUAAAAAAAAAGAAACACUCCACACAGACCCACAUGCCAUCCUGUCCCAGAGACUUAAAAUCUCAGCCACACGUUUUUCAGAAAUCAUUCCAGGUGUUGUAUUGCUCUCAGGGUACAUGCUGCUGUUCGGUUAAAGCCUGAAAAGCAAGAGCUCUUCAACAACACAAGCAGUUUAAAAAAUAGAUUUAUAUUUAUAUAUAUAUAUAUAAUUAAAUAAAAAUCUCCACCACAUACUUCUCUAAAACAUUGUAUAAUGUGCUGGUUCCCAUCUAAACUCUACCUGAACACACUAUUGCGCAACUUAUAUGGAAGACCAUUCCUGCUGGACUGGAUAGAUUUAAAAAGUAAAAAAAAAGAAGAAGCAGUUGGAAAUUAGACUAAAAGAUACACCUUUCUGUUAGCAUUGUCUCUUUAAAUAUCUGGAAACAUCAGAUUGUCACCUCCUAAACAUUUUUCAUUUCGGUUUCUUUGUCGCUUUUUAUGUGGGGAAAACUCAAAAACAUUUGACAAAAAUUAAAAGCUUUUCCAACUUCCUGCGUCUGCUCGUGUCACUGGGCGGAAAUGGGCUUCGACAGAUCUUCACCUCAUAACUUAAAAAGUGUCAAAGUCCAAAUAAAACGAAAACAUACGUGGUCCAGGCUUCAUUUACAGCAACAAAUUUAAACUCCUGUGAGUAAAACUAAAAAUCAAACUGCAAAAAUUUACAUUCAUUUGUAAAAAAAAAAAAAUUAAAUAAGACAGCAUAUUGGAUAUUGUGUUCACUGGAAAGUUUUCAGCCCUGUGCUACUAAAGAAACAUCCAAACUAGAUCUUAGUUGCUGUGCUUGAAGCGAAUGCUCCGGAGGAUUUCUUAGGAACAAACCAGGAACAUGUGCAGAUUCUCAGAGAGGCGACGCGACAGCUCGACGCAGCUGGACCCUCAGCUGGACCCUCAACUGGACCCUCAGCUGACGUCCCGGCUAGCUAAGCAAACGUGAGCAGGUGGAGAACGACUGCAAUGCUGCGAGCAGUAAGAGGUUAAAGCAGCAGAAAGAGGGCGGGGAUUAGAGGAGAACCAGGAACUCUCUGCAUGUGGAACCAAAAUUUUUCUUUAGGGGCUUCAUUUCACAUACAGUCACGCUGAAAAUUAUUAAUAUGCCUGAAAGAUUUACUGGUAGUUCUUAGGUUUGCUUUAUAAUUGGAAACUGGCACAGGCACUUCCUACAGCCGGGUCACCAAAAUGGGAAAUGAAAUAAAAAUUUUUA